UCGCCGGUGCGAGUGUAUCUGUCCUGUCCGUUAAAAUCAUUUAUUUUUCGAACUUUUUUAAAAUUAUCUUCACAUUCCUAUUUUUUUAGCGCGCUGACGUUGGAACUUUUUGAACAGACAGCUCCCGGUGUUGCUAGUGAAUUAUUUGUACGUGCAAUAUAAUAUGGAAAUAUCUAUGUGUUGUAAAGUUUAUGUGACAAGUUGUGGUUAAAGUUCAAAAACUUCGGUGGAUGUACUCCUUGUACACGUGAUUAUAUUAUGUGUUUAAUUUACAAUUGAAAUACAACAAAUAUUUUCUUAUACCAGGUGCGAUCUCAGAGUAUACGCUAGUGAUGUGAUACAACAAUGAGUAACGCGUCUCUGUGACGCAACCGUGAUAGUGACUUAUCGAUAUCGAUAGACUGUGUCCCCAUGAACAGCCUCAUGCUGACGACUGGAGCUGUUGACGAUCAACCCAUGGACGGGAAUAUGUCUUUUUCUUAUAGUAUGAUGGACACUGGUGGCGCAGGUAUGGAAUCCCCGCCAACUUACCACAGGAGCUACGAGCAAUACGUGCAAGGAGCUGUCGAGAACAGCACAGACUCUACCCAGGAAACUAGUCCUGAACUAGUUGUCUGGUCAACCCUGCCUUACGGCUUGGAGUACAGACCUCAGUACGACUACAGACACCCUUACGAUGCACCCAGGGACUUUGGAAGCCAGCAGUAUGGCAGAGCACCGUUUACGACGAAAAUGGGACAAGCAAAAGCUUUGAAGGAGGCGAGGAUACGAAGGCCCAUGAAUGCAUUCAUGGUCUGGGCGAAGGUUGAGAGGAAGAAGUUAGCUGAUGAGAAUCCCGAUCUGCACAACGCUGAUCUCAGUAAAAUGCUAGGUAAAAAAUGGCGGUCGUUAACACCGCAAGAUCGUCGGCCGUUCGUGGAGGAAGCUGAGCGUCUACGCGUGAUUCAUAUGACGGAACAUCCGAACUACAAAUACCGACCCCGUAGACGGAAGCAAAAUAAAAACAGACCGAACCAGCCGGCGGCGCCCUGCAGCGCUCCGCCCUCUGCUUCAGCGGCAUUAGGAUCACCAUAUGCCACCAACACGGAUUCUCCAGACACUCGUUUCUCUCACAACCCAGGAGCUGGUUUCUCCCCCUAUCGGACAUCCCCACUAGCUUCAGAUUACCAAAGCCAGUUUAACGGUCACGUCCAAACACCUGAGUCAUCUCCAGCUAGGUCACCGGAGCCCCAGGGUAGGCGAAGUGCAUCUGCUGAAGCACCCCUUCCCACACCCGACGCUUCGCCCGUUGAGAAUGAGAAAGAGAACUUCCAGUACGAAGAUAGGCGAAGGGCUAUCAAUGCUCUCUCGGAAUCUUACUCAUACAAAUUCAGGACGCCUGGUUCUUAUUCUCCAGCCCCAGUCGCGGCUAUGGGGAUGGCUAAUGGCAUGUAUGUGAUGUGCGCGCAAAGAUCUUUAGCCGAACAACCACCGAUAGUGACUGGGACGUUCUUUCCCCCAGUAGCAACGUCUCAAGAUCAGCAAGCUUUAGGAACUUCUGCUCCGCGCGUUUCAUCAGCUCCAAGCGGUCCAUUAUCCUCAGAAUACAACAUCCAAUACCAUCCCUACGAGCAGUAUGAGCACAUUUACAAAACUGAGGACUCGUACGUUCAUUACCCUGAACAGCCGAAGACAGAAUACGAUCCAAGCGGUACUUACUUCACAGAGGAACCGCCAAACCAAGGUCAGGAAAACGAGCAGGGUUUCAUGCCGCGGCCAGAAAUCAGAACCGGUUCACCUGAGUCUGAUGUUGAUGCGCGUGAGUUUGAUAAGUAUUUGGACUAUGGCACAGAAAAUGGAAUGGAGCACCAGUAUAGAUACGAGCAGCAGCAGCAGUACAGGCAGUACUGCCCAGAAUCGGCGCCUGCGCAGGAGUACUGCGAGAGGAUGUACCAGUCGCCGUAUGCAUCAGUAAUCGCUGCGACUCCACCCGCGGUACCGUACGUACCAGCUCCUCAAGGCUCUGAUGUGAGGCCUGAUGAUGAAUUCAGUGUCAUUCUAGCUGGCGUCAGACAAACUUGUUACAGCAAUUGACUAGGCGGCUAUUAUUUUAAAUAAAUAAUUAAACCGUUAUUUGUUAUUUUUGAGCAGCAGAACUGGAAUGAACAGCGUUUGUCUACAACAGUCCCACCACCACACCAAAUACAUCUAAAAACCAUUUUAAUGGAUAAAAUAUGUGCCUGCGUACCCACAGAAUAUGAGACAUUCCAUCUUCAAGUCGCAAGGGCGGCCUAACACGCUAUACCACGUUCUGUGGCGCUUUAUGGCUCAAAACAUAUUGUGACUGGUAUGACAGAUGUCAUUUCAUAAUUGUGCUAGUUCCGUCACUAUCCCUCUAAAAAUGUAAUGGUGACUAUUUCAUGUAAUUAAAAAAGAUAUUUUACCUUUUAUAGAUUGCAUAUCAUUCACUUUACAAAGAAUAAAAGCGAUAUAGAAGAAUAACACAAACUAUUUUACCUUACUCGUUACUAUUCACUUCCGGCAAAAAUUAUAGCCAGGUAAAUUAGUUCCGCUGCAAGCAAGUUUUAGGUAUGUUGUUUGUUCCGUGCUUGUUUUUGAAAAUUAAUUUAUAAAUAGUCAUUUUCAAGAAACUAGAGAAUAUUAAAACAAUAACAACUAUCAACACUUGCUUCUUAGCAGAAAAAAAAAACAUAAAAAUGACAUUGACAGAUAUUGCUGUCAUUGUUGUUUUUGAGUUAAAUGCUUCAUGUCUUCUUUAUCGCUGAAUACUUAUACCCAAAUGAAUAUUGUUCCUUCAAUGAGAAAAUGUUAAAGUAUCUUGUUUUACAAAUGUAAAACAAAGUAGAACUUUAUAUUAUUGUUAUUGUAAUCAAGUUUUAUGUGAUAUGUUAUUGUAACAUUCCAUGUUAAGAACAAACUUUAAUUUAAGAAGUUACAGAUUUUUUACAAAGCUGUUUUACGUGAAACGGAAACGAUAAAAUGUGUGAUUUUGAGAUAUUAAGUAAACAUUUUGCCUUUUCCAAAGCGUGUAGUUUGCGUACUACCAGGCCUGUGAAGCCAAAAAGUGAAUAAGUUUCAAAAUACAUAAUACUUUCUUAUUAAACUGUAUAAUCACUACGAAUGCUCCAACUAUUAAUUUUGAUUUAAAAAUUAUUUAAUAUUAAAUAUUUGGACCACGAAGUGCCUUGAAUUAUUAAAAAAUAAAUAAUAUAAAUUGAAAAUUAUAUUGUACAAGCUAUUUAUCCACAAUUACGAAUUAUGCGAUUAUUCAAUACAUAAUGUUAUAAAAUGAUGUAAAAUAUUAUCAAAUGACAAAUUUCACUAAUGUAUUUGCUGUUUCAAACGUUUUUGACUUAUGAACUAAACUGAAUUAGUGGAUUUUAUCGCGAAUAAUAGCAUUAGAAACGAAACACCUGUGGGACCAAACUUAGAACGUGAUUCAAUCCUUUAAUAUCAGUUUUAUAACAGUAAAAUAUAUAACAGCGUGUAUGUAAAAAUAUAAGUAAUGUUAUUGUUAAGUUUUGGCUCGAUAGUGAUUUAAAUUUUAUUUUUAAGUGUGUCCACCUACCUAUUACUGCCAACCCUAAAAUUAAGGACUUAAAUAUAAAAUAAUAUUUGUACUAUAUAUUCGGAGUUAUAUUAUGGUUAAUAUUUAGAAUAUUUUUGUGAAAUUUAAAGAUUGGUUUCGUUAUUUUACUAUUAGGGUUGGUAGGCCCGAAUAAGACAAUAAAACUAAUAAUUAUUAUAAUUGAUGUUCCUAUCAAAAUUUGAAAUUUUCAUAAAAAAUAAAUCCAAAAUUAGGAAGAUGGUGCUUUUUUAUACGAUUAGAUAAUUUCCUACAUUUAAAGUUAUUUAUUUGUACCUAUGUAUUAAAGUCUAGGUAGUUAAAAAUGCGGUAGCAUGUUCGUUCUUCCAUCAGUGUGUUUCUAUUCAGAUGGAGCCGAACAAAAGAAUAUGCCAAUCAGAACGCUUGUCAAAAUACGUCAUCUAAUCCUGCUACGCGAUUGGCCAAUUCUCCGCUCCAUUUCAAUGGAACUUCACUAAGUCUGUAGAUAACUUAGUCGUUAGUAUUGUUUGUAUAAAGUGUACGUGUUUAAUGAAAUAUCUCAUAGUUUAUUUGUACUUAAAUUACACUUACGCAAUUAUUUAGCUUUAGAGACACUGCGACUACUUAUUGUAAGCAAAAGUUUAUAAAAUAAUAAAAUUAUAUUCGAUA